AUGGCCAGUUUAAUAUCCCUCGCCUUGCUCGCUUUGAGCCCUUUGUCCGCUCUUUGCUCCUCUCAGCCAAAUUCAGCGAAUGGCAGCGACGACAUGUUUUGGGGAACUUCAAGUUAUUAUGCCCAUGGGCUCGACAAAGCUACUCGAACUGUGUGGCUCGAUGGCUUGCAACGGGAUGGAGCGCGUAUUGUUAGGAUCUGGAUCAACGGCAUAUCUCCUGGAACUUACAAAGGCACAAACAUCACAGUAACCAUUUCCAACCUUGAAGAAACAGUGGGCAUUUUUAACGAUACUGUCCUUGAUGCCAUUGAUGAUCUCUUCAUGGAAGGCCACACUCGCGGUAUCAAAUUUAUCGUAUCCAUCCAUGAUGGCAAUGCAUUUGGCCAAAACGCUUGUGACGCCUAUUGCACCGAAUUUGGGGGAUUUGGCCCUGCCUCUGGAACACCCAUUACUCUUGGAAAUUCGUUCUACACAGAUCCCACGGCAGUGGCCGCCUUCGACAACAGAAUUGCUCACAUCAUGAACUAUCAGUCACCAAACUUUGGAAAGCCCCGGGCACAGCUGACAGAAGCAAUAGCCGCAUUCGAUAUCGAGAACGAACCGAUGAUUCAGGCCAUCACCCAGCUUGACAGUGUGGGCCCAACAUGGUUCUAUGGUCGCGCAAAGCAGGUCAAAAAGUAUAUCGGCUCUGCUCCCAUCGCUGUGUCGACCGGAGGUGCUGGAGGUAGCGGGAAUAUUUACCAAAACUGGAGCUGGAGACCGUGGCUGUUUACCUGUCCCGAGAUCGAUUGGAUCGCUUUACAUGGCUACGAUGGUGACUGGACUCAGUGGGUGCCAAAUGCUACCGCUCUUGCUGCUCAAUACGACAAAAAGCUGUUUGUAGAAGAGUGGUGA